AUGGACCAUAGGUCGGGAGCCGUUACUCCCGCUGCCCAGCGAUUGAGCAGGCCGCUGGAUGCGAUUGAUGUACCGCACAAGAAGGUAGAGAAAAUCUGCUGCCUCGGCGCUGGCUAUGUCGGUGGUCCCACAUGCGCUGUCAUUGCCUUCAAGAACCCUCACAUCCAAGUAACGAUCGUGGAUCUCAACGCGGCUAGAAUCGCAGCCUGGAACUCAGAUGUGCUUCCCAUCUACGAGCCGGGUCUGGAGGACGUCGUCAAAGCCUGCCGCGGAAAGAACUUGUUCUUCUCCACCGAUGUGGAUCAGGGUAUCAUCGAUGCGGAUCUGAUCUUUGUCUCGGUCAACACCCCCACCAAAACCAAGGGGAUGGGUGCCGGAUAUGCCGCCGAUCUGGGUUAUGUUGAGAGUGCUACGAGACACAUUGCGAGGGUUGCGCAGGGUGACAAGAUUGUCGUCGAGAAGAGCACUGUUCCAUGUAGGACUGCGCAGAGCAUGCGCUUCAUUCUCGAAGCCAACUCUCGUCCUGGAAUUCGAUUCGAUAUCCUCUCCAACCCCGAGUUCCUCGCUGAAGGCACGGCCAUCGCCGAUCUGAUGAACCCCGACCGUGUCCUGAUCGGUUCGUUGAACACGGACGCUGGUCGAUCCGCAGCCGCCUCGCUCGCAGAUGUCUACGCCGGGUGGGUUCGCCGCGAGCAGAUCAUCACCAUGAAUCUGUGGUCGUCUGAGCUGUCGAAGCUCGCCGCAAACGCCAUGUUGGCUCAGAGGAUCUCGUCCAUCAAUGCUCUUUCAGCCAUUUGCGAGGCUACCGGAGCCGAUGUCGACGAGGUCGGCUACGCUUGCGGUCUCGACUCUCGAAUCGGCCCCAAGUUCCUCAAGGCCAGUGUCGGCUUCGGUGGCAGCUGCUUCCAGAAGGACAUUCUCAACCUGGUAUACCUCAGUGAGAGCUUGCACCUCCCCGAGGUUGCCGCAUACUGGCGCCAGGUCGUUGAAAUGAACGAAUACCAAAAGAAGCGCUUCCUGAACCGCAUCAUCUCCUGUCUCUUCAAUACUCUCACCGGCAAGAAGGUGGCUAUCCUCGGCUUUGCCUUCAAGAAGGACACCGGCGAUACCCGCGAGUCUCCCGCCAUCACCCUGUGCAAGUAUCUCCGCGCCGAGCGUGCCAACGUCGCCAUCUACGAUCCCAAAGUCGCCGAAUCCCAAAUCUGGCUCGACCUCACCGAGCCCGGCGUCACCGAUGAUCUGGCGGAUCUGCAGAAGCAGGUCUCGAUCGCUGAGGAUGCGUACUCUGCGUGUGCCGGCGCGGAUGCGGUCGUCGUAUGCACCGAGUGGGACGAGUUCAAAUGUGCAAACCUCGACUACAAGCGUGUCUAUGAGAGCAUGAACAAACCUGCGUUCAUCUUUGAUGGUAGGUUGAUUUUGGAUCAGAAGCAGCUGGAGCAGAUUGGUUUCCAUGUCGAGACUAUUGGCCGCCCGAGGAGUAACUUUACUACACCUAAGGAUUGGGAGUAA